AGUGCUGUGUAUCAAGUGUCCAAGCCGACCCACCAAGGAAUCAAGAUGCAGACCUCCACUCUGGUACUCCUGGCGUGUCUCGUAGCUGCUGCUGUGAUGAUGGUGGCGGCGGAGGAGCAGCCUCUUCAGCAGCAGUACGAGGCAGUGUACGACGCGCCGGAGCAGGAGCGAGGCGACAGGACCAAGAGAGGCUUGCUGCUGCUGAAGAAAAAAUUGUUACUUGGUGCCUUAGGAUUAAAAGCAGCCAAAGUGGGAGCGGUCGGCGCGGGCGUCGCCGCGGUCGCCCUGAAGAAGAAGAGUCAACAAAGACAUGGGUCAACCCGGUACAUUGAUAUCCAUAGCCGUCCUUCAAAGUACGUUGAAGUACACAGCUGGUCCGGUUAACCAAAGAGCCUCACGUUAGAAGUACUAUAGUGGUUAAUUAGUUUUAUGUUACAAUGUUAGUGCUUGUACAGUUUUAGACAAUAAAUGUUAAUGUUGUUUUAAAUUA